GUUCACUCAACCGAUUUGAAGAUCGUUCUUGAUUAUCUUCAUAGCUGAAAAUGCUCUUUCGCAGCUUGCAGUUGCAACAGGUAAAGUCAACACCAACUUCAACAUCAAGUAAACUAAAGAAUAAAGAGUGUAUGCCUGGGCCAUUGGCUAUUUGGCCUAUGGGUUAUUUUUCUAUUUUAAUUAUAGGCCCAGACCCAACAUACAUCACACAUAUAUAUUGUAUGGGCUGAGAGUCUGUUGUUGUUGUUUUUUUUAAUAGGAAGUGAUAGGAUUAUGAUUUAUGAGUUAUUUUAAACAAAAUUAAUAAGGAUUAUGAUUAAGAUUGAUUUAUUUGGAUAAUAAAUUAUUCGACUAUAAUGAAGGUGCGUUGGCUAUAAUUAUUGAAGGUAUGCGGCUAUCCUGAAGUAAAAAAAUUUGUACAAAAAAUAUGGAGGUUCUUCGUAAAAUUCUCGAGCGAGGGUGUGUCGGAUGACACACCCUUACUAGCCUUAGGUCCGCCACUGAUUGGUGGGGAUUUCAACACGAUACGUGUUCCCGAGGAGACAUCGAAUCAAAGGAAUCCUACUGCAAGUAUGGCUGGCUUCAACUCUUGAAUUGGAGAUAUGGAGUUACUGGAUUACAGGUCAACUGGGCCUCAUUUCACCUAGACCAACAGACAGGUUAAUCGGCCUAUUGCUAGGAAACUGGAUAGAGCACUAGUUAAACUUGAAUGGAUUGAGAAAUUUAAGAACUGUGUUGUUGAGGUGCUCCCUGCCAACUUUUCUGAUCAUUGUGAGGUGCAAGUAAGCACAACAGGCCCUAUCAAAUCUAUGCCUAAACCGUUUAAAUACUUUGAAUUUUGGGCUGAGCAUCCUAGGUUCCUGGAAAUUGUCGAGAAGGCUUGGAAGAUUGAAGUCACAUGGAAUCCAGGGCAAAUCAUUUAAAGGAAAAUGCGUGAGAUUAAGCUGGCUCUAAAAAAGUUUAACAAGGAGGUGUAUGGGAAUCUUCAGGAUCAAGUAAAGGAGGCUGCUGAUGCUUUACAAAGUGCUAAUAUCAAGGCUUUUUCGACUCCCACAGCAGAGCAUUUUGAAUCUGUCAUACAUGCUAAGGAUAGAUAUGAUCAAAUAUCAAAGGCCUAUGAGAGUUUUUGCUGGCAGAAAUCCAGAGUGUCAUGGUUAACAAUUGGGGAUAAGUGCUCUAAUUUCUUUUAUCAAGCAGUGAAAAUACGCAAUUCCAAAAGGGCGAUUAGGAAGCUGGUGAAGGAAUCAGGGGAAGAGGUUUAUCAAACUGACCUGAUUGUUGAAGAAGUGAUUGGUUUCUAUAAGAAGCUUUUAGGAGAGACAAAUUUAGAGAUUAACCCUAGUGAGGAGGAGGUGCAACAACUUGUUCAGCAUAAAAUCCCCCAGGCUGAGUGUGCUGAUUUGAUUAAGACGAUUACAGUUGAGGAAAUAAGAAACGUGAUUUUCGGUAUGAGCUCUCAAAAGGCCCCAGGCCCUGAUGGGUUCUCUGCAGGAUUUUUCAAGAAGACUUGGGGUAUUAUAGGAGAUGAUGUGUCCAAAGGGAUUUUAUUCUUCUUCAAUUCAGGUAAUCUUCCUAGUGGUAUUAACUCCACAGCGGUUUCUUUACUGCCCAAAGUUCCAAAUGCAGAUUCCCUUAAGAAUUUUAGACCUAUUUCUUGUAUAAACUUCCUUACAAGAUAAUAGCUAAGAUUCUGGCUAAUAGAAUUAGGGGGAUAAUGCCUCUGAUUAUAAGUAAUUCCCAGUCUGCAUUUAUUCAAGGAAGAAGUAUCAUGGAUAAUAUACUUUUGGCUCAGGAGUUAGUAAGUGGGUAUAACAGAAAGUGUCUCUCAUCUCGUUGUGCUAUCAAAAUAGACAUAAUGAAGGCUUUCAACUCAGUUAGCUGGAGGUAUCUAUUCAUCAUGAUGAGAACUAUGGGGUUCCCUGAGAAAUUUUUACUGUGGAUCAGGAGCUGUUUGCAAACUGCUCAUUAUAGCAUCAAUAUAAUUGGCAGUCUCUG